GUACCAAUAGACACAAAACAAGAGAGCGUGCAAGAUGGAGACGACGAUGGGGUGGAAGCAGUGCAUUCUGCGUCAGUUAAGAGAAAGAAAUGCACUUCAAUGCGAUUUUUACAAGGAAAUUAUUCAAUUACAUAAUAAAUUAACAUUAAGUGUUGACAAUGUAAAAGCACAGAAUGUUCAACUACAGAUUGAAGUUGCCAAGCUGAAAGAUGAUAAUUUUAAACUACAGGUCCAAGUUGAAACAGGGAGUGGAAAAGGAGGUGGUGAAAAAAGUGCUGCAAUGGAACAAAAAGUUUACAAACUACAAGAGGAGCUAACAGAUCUCCAUAGGACAAAAGGAGAGAAUGCUCAACAGAUUAUUGAUGUUACAAAAAAGUUACAAGCAAAAGAGAAAGAGUUAGAUUCAGCAAAGGAUAAUGUUUUGCGACUGAUGGAAGGCUCUACUGAUUCUAUCGUCCAUAGAAAGAGUUACAGCGAAUUAUUAAUUAUAUUAAUAAUACGAGAUGAGCAGCAAGCCCUGCAGCUGGCUUAUACUGGUUUGGAGGCGAAGUUACGUAAAGUACAAGAAGAGUUCGAUGAUUUAUUGAAGCGAUGGCUGGAAUUAAAAGCACUGGAUGCAAACAUUGUCAACAAUAGUAACGAUAAGUUCCUUGAGGAACAGAAAAAAAAGCUACAAUUGACUUUGGAUGAGGCAGUCAAACCUGUUGUAACAUCCCCAUGCCCUGUAAUAACGCCUAUUUCAGUGUCGUGUGUUCCAACUAAAGUUCUCAGGAAGUUUGAUGCACAUGAAAAUGAUGUGACCGCAAUCUGUUGUAGCCCUUCAGGAAAGAAGUUUGCAACUGGUGGUGCUGAUAGGAAAGUCAAUCUUUGGGAGUUUUCUAUACGUGAUGCAUCCUCUUCUAGUCAGAAAUUAGCAAGUCUAAUGGGUAGCAAUGCAGGAGUAACGUCUGUAGAUUUUGAUGUACAGGAACAUUUUGUACUUGGAGCUUCCAGUGACUUUGCAAUGAGAGUGUGGGGUGUUCAGGAUCAUAGGUUAAAGCAUGCACUGACAGGCCACAGUGGAAAAGUCCUAGCGGCUAAAUUCCUCGGAGAUGCUAAUAAAGUCGUGUCUGGCAGUCAUGAUAGAACUCUCAAGAUAUGGGACUUGAGAAGUCGAGCUUCUUGCUGUGGAUGUUUGUAUCUGAAAAGAAUGGUGCUAUACAAAUGCUGGGAGUCUGUUAUCAACUUAAUAUAUGCUCAUCACAUUAUGAACAUGUCUCCUGAUCCAAUUGUGAAUGAAUUAUUCCUGCAUGGUAAAGUGACCUCAUUGGACCUGUCUAAUGAGAGGACACAGUUGUUAGUAUGUUCACGAGACGAUACACUCAAGGUCAUUGACCUGCGGAUGAAUCAGGUUAUGCAAACAUUAUGUGCUGAUGGGUUUCAUGUUGGAUUUGAUUUCACAAGGGCAGUGUUUAGUCCGGAUUCUACAUUUGCGGUUUGUGGGUCUUCAGAUGGCUCAAUAUUUAUAUGGAAUUCACAGACUAAUAAGUUAGAAAAAACUCUUAAGGAACACAACUCUGCUGUCAUUUCAGUGUCAUGGCAUCCGGGAGGACAGUACAUGUUUAGUUGUGACACCAGGAAAAAAGUUAUUAUUUGGUCAGAUAUAUAAAAUAGCCCAACACUAUGUUUUAUGUUGCAAGUUAUAAUUUGGUCAGAUAUAUAGCCUAACACUAUGUUUUAUGUUGCAAGUUAUUAUUUGGUCAGAUAUAUAGCCUAACACUAUGUUUUAUGUUGCAAGUUUGUAUUGUCUUAGAAUUAUGCAACUGAUGUACAGUCAAUCUGAUUUUGAAGAACAUCAUUCAGAAUGAAAUAGCUAUAAUCAUCUGUGAAUCAAGAUAUAUAAACUAUAAUAUAUUGUUAUUAUAAGAUCAUGCUGGUAAAACCAGUACAGUAUGACUUAAAUAUCACUGAGAUUAACCAUCAAGAAGCGAGAUCAUGAAUUUUACUGAUGAUCAGUUGGAGGUAUCAACUUUGGUUAUUAUUUAAUGAUUAUCGUACAGCUUCAAGAAAUGUGUUACUGUUUUAAAAACAUAUUACAGCUUUGGAAAUUUAAUCAUGAUGUGAGUAUUAACUUUAAAAAUAGGACAGUAUGAACUUUUAAAAUAGGACCAAAGUAUAUAUAAGUUAAUACUUUUGAAAUUUUAAUAUCAUCUUAGAGACCUCAAGAGGUGACUGUUGUUAGGUUGUUGAUGUUAAAUAUAUUGCAUAUUACACAUUGGAGUUUCUAAUUAAACAGACGAAUGAUCUGGCAUGGUCAUUUACUGGAAAAUACAGACCAAGAGCUCAACCUGUAGGGUCACAAAUGUACAUAUGGAUUUAAACAAUCAACAAGCAACUGAAACAACAGUUAAUCCAAUUGCUGAAGGAUUGUUAACCCCAGCAAAAAGUGAUGUAAAAUCUGAACACAAGAACGGUGACUAUAUUCAGGGGCGGAUACAGAAAUGUCUGAAAGUUGGGCCCAAAAUAACCUUUGAGGCAUUUUGGAUGAUCAAUUAUUUCUUUUUCUUUCUUUCUUUUUUCUUUCUUUUUUUUUUUUAUACUUUCCAAAAGAGGAGGGCGCACAAUCCGCCCCUGAUAUUUUGAACAUUCAUUAUCUCAACUUCAGUUUUGGAGAUUAUUGCUGGGACAUUUUAAGAUGAGGUCAAUGUUGAAAAUUACGAAAUUUGUGAACACAACUUCACAAUUAUAGAUUUUGAAAUGAAAUUUAUAGAAUUUUGUUUAAAUUUGCAAUUUUCUUUUUUUUUUUAUAUGAAUCACAACUUGCUACUACUGUGCUUUAUAAGCUCUGUUUACAUUAACUUCUAGCCUAGUUAUUCUGAUUUAAUAUCAUUUUAUAGUCUUUUGGUACUUUUUAGUGAGUAAAUUUUGCCCUCUAAUUAAAGAAUGUAGGUCUAUGUAAUGCCGCAUAAAGCUUUUGUAUCUUGAUUUUUCACUGAAAUAUUUAAAUUACUUUUCUUGUCAGUAAACUAUACCUCUCCUAGGGACAGCACUGUAGUGCAUGCAGAUUUUUAUGAUGUUUUUAACUGAAAAUAAUAAAUAAUUUAUAAUUACUCAGUGUAAUAAUUUAAUUACUAAUUGUAAUUACCAAUGGUCACAAUAAUAAAUUGGAAUUGUUUUUUUUUUUUGUGGUUUUUUUUUGUAUACUAUGUAGAUGAAACCUCUGUGUCAACUCAAUAUAAUUUCAUGUUAUUAUUUAUCUUAUUUUGUAAUUGUUUUUUUUGUUUUUAAAGUAAAAGUAUUGCAUUACACUGUAGUAUAUAGUAAAUCGAUGAGAAUAUUAUGUUAUUGUGUAGAGUACUGUGUCGUUAAGUCAGAGACAUGGCAGCUUUAUUACUGAGGCACUCAGGGGGGAUCCAGAGAUGUCCGAAAGGGGACAGAAGUGGGGGGGGGGCAUGCCCCUGCAAAAUUUUUGUUUUCUAGAAGUCCGAAAAUAAACUCGGAGGCACUUUGGGCGAUCAAUUAUUUCUUUUUGGUUCCUAUGCAUGCAAGCAUAGGAACUUUUAAAAUCCUGGUCGUGUUUAUAAUUAGUAUGUACGUUACUAGUAUGUUACGCAGUUUUUUGGUAAACAGGCAAACGUGACUUUUUAGACAUCUGUUUGUUUUGUGCGUCCGUACCCAAGCUAAUCUGGACCUUUUUUUGUGCCCUAUUUCAUAGUUUUCUAUUUUGACAAAUAUUAAAGCCAUGCUAAUGAGAGACAAUACCCCCUACUCUUGAAAAGACUAGUAAACUGUAUGAUAAGAGGAAAACAUUUAUGGAAUGUUGUGUACUCUCGGUGUCCAAACUAACUGUCUUAAUGUGAUGGAUCGGACUCAGGGACUCUCCUGGCUGGUAUGGAUAUAAAACUUUAUCUGCACUCCAAAAACCUCAAUUUUACACUACUGCAGUUUGGAUUUCUACAGCAGCCAGAAUAGAAUUGUGUUGUGUAUGGAAGUGUUGUGGUUUGAAAAAAACAUAAAACAAACUUGAUACCUGACUGGAUACAGUAAUCCUUUUGCAGCUUCUAUCGGAUAAUAGACGUGUGUAAAAUAGGCGAUCCAUCCCGAAAUAGGCAACAAUGCUAAAUUUCCCAGUACUGUAAAGUUGCCUAGUAACACUUGAGUAAGAAAAGUUCCGCAAGUAGGUUCCCACCAGGUUGGCGCGAUACUCCAUUAUGUGAAUCAGACACAUGGUCAGUCACCUAAUUAGUUUGAUUCUUUGUACGCCGCCUAUUCCAAUUCAGGAGCGUAAACGCGUUACUGCCGAGAAAAGCCGAUUGGCUUGUUCGGUAAACUAGGCUACCGUAAGAUUAUUUACUGCUAUGGUUUCCAUUCCAUGUUGCUUCUUGGUUGUGCGUUGUACAAAUGGGGCAUGCUUUGGCCUUUCAAUCCAGUGGAAGGCUGCUAUAGGCCUGAUUAACAGCGAACGUAUGUGGACGUGAACUUUUUACUGAUAUUCUCAAUGAAUAGGGAGUUAAUGUAACCAUAGGGACGUGUUCUGUUUUUUUUCUCAAUAGGGAAGUAUAUUUCUAUUGUUAUUUUCUCAAUGAAUAGAGAGUUUACGUAUUCUCUAAUUGAAUUUCCAAUAAGCUUAGUAUGUUAAAGGAUUAUAAACACAGCAUUGAAGAAUAAAAAAAAAUACUAAUAAACGUUUAUAAGGAAA